AUGGUUAAUAACCGAAUCACCUUCAGUAAAACUAUCGUCACCAUCAUCAUCACCAUCAUCAAAAACGCUACAGGUACAAUGAGUAGUGGUAGUGAAUCGCCAGAAACGGCAUCAGAACAAAAUGUUACCACGCGCCCAUGUACAAGGCGCAAGCACAGAUCGCACGUCGACCUUACAUCAGACGUUAAUCGAGUUAGCGUACGUAUACCGCCAUUUUGGCCGGACGAUCCUGAAUUAUGGUUUGCGCAAAUAGAGGGUCAAUUCACAAUUUCAAACAUAUUAUCGGAUACCACAAAAUUUUAUUACGUGACGAGUAAUUUAGAUCCUCAAUAUUCUAAAGAAGUAAAAGAUAUUAUUGUUUCUCCGCCUUCUAGUAACAAAUACGAGAAACUUAAAGACCAACUGAUUAAACGCUUGUCAGCAUCGCGUGAAAGGAAGAUUCAGCAGUUACUCAUGCACGAGGAAUUGGGAAAUCGGAAACCUUCCCAAUUCUUACGACACCUGCAGAGCUUAGCAGGUCCCUCGGUACCCGAGGACUUUAUACAGAGCAUAUGGAGCAGCCGACUUCCCAACAACAUCCAAACGCUGAUUGUGUCGCAACCAACCAGCUCAUUGGACGUUUUAGCCGAUCUAGCAGACAGAAUAUACGAUAUAGUAUCUCCAACACUUCAAGUCGCAACAACCUCACGUACUACAUCGACACCUGGUACCAGUACGCAGUCUAUGGAGAAUGAAAUAGCGGAGCUGAAAGCAGCUGUUAAGAACCUUACCAUGCAAUUGAGCAGACGUUCCAGACCAUGUGACCGUUCUAGCAUCCGCAAUCGCAGACGUUCAACUUCCCGAUCUGACUCCAGCUACAGAAGAUACCCAACCUGUUGGUAUCACUCGAAAUAUGGAGAUAAGGCCAACCGGUGCAUCAAACCCUGCGAUUUUGGAAAAUCGGGAAACGCUCGAAGCAGUCGGUGA